UUGGGUCCUCCUCCGGCACGAGGAGCACCCGGCAGGAAAUGAAUCCUCUCGUAGGCGUAGGCGAGCUCUCUAUAUAAGCCAGCUAUGCGGCAAAACUGUAAUUCACUGUAAGUUCAGCAUUCCGCAGACGGUGCUCCGGUUUUCUGAGCUCUCUUCUCACGGACAGAAUAUGUGCAGAGUGGUGCGACAGUUAUCCCUCGCCCUGAUGGUGAGCAUAGGAAUAGCGAGAUGCGAACCCCCACCGUUAAACUCCCAGUAUGGUGUCCCAGGUAAUUAUGCUGGCAACAACAACAACAACAACAACAAUGUUCAACAACAAGGUGGUGGAAACGGUUUUGACAAUCAUCAUCAAUACGACAGUGGGAACGACCACGAUUACGCUGACCAGCCCAUGGCUUAUGAAUUUGGAUACGCAGUGAAGGACCAGGCGACCGGAAACGACUUUGGCAGACGGGAGAGCAGCGACGGUGAAACCGUGAGAGGGGAAUACAGAGUGCAAUUACCAGAUGGUAGAACGCAAAUAGUCACCUAUACGGCAGACUGGAGAACGGGUUUCCAUGCGGACGUGAGAUACGAAGGGACAGCCUCCUACCCUGACCAGUACAACACGCAGAACAAUAAUUAUAAUAACAACAAUAAUAAUAAUAAUAAUAAUCAGGGUUAUAAUAAUAAUAAUAACCAAGGUGGCCAGGGAUUUGGGUUCCAUGGCAAUAACGCUGGAGGGUUCAAUGCAGGGAACAACGGAGGGUACAAUUACCAACCUCCUACAGGAAACUACAACCCCUACCAGUUCGGUUCUAACUCACUGGACAAUGGAUACAACAAUUUCGGUGCACGAAACAAUUACAACACGCGGAUCCCGUCGCCAACGUACGGUCCGGGUUUCAAAAAGUAACUUUAGUACAAUCCCAGUUAACUAUUAGCGUAGGAUAAGUCUCGUAAGAUUAGCUGUAACAGUAUUUUUUUAUAAUAAAAGAAACAAUUCUAACUUGA